AUGGAGGCCGACUCCGACUUCCAAUCUGUUCACUGGGAUAAUACUCCAGGUGUAGAAGCAGACGCACAGCUAGGAUUCUCAUCUACACAUACCUUCAAGCCGACGACUGCCGUCAGCCCUGGGUUCAGAACAGACUACGAACAUACUGCCGAUGACGCGGAUCCCACCGUGCCCAAAUGGGACGGGUACUUGGUCGUGCAGGUGUUAGACCCGGUUAAAGAACUCGAGGGGACGAAAGAUAUGUACAUAUCUUAUGCUGUCAAGUCACAGACUGACUUCCCAUUCUUUCCCCAGCAGCAGACGGUUGUCCGCAGACGAUUCCACGACUUUGUAUUCUUGUGGCAACAUUUGAGUCAAGACUUUGCUGCAUGUGUCGUGCCACCGUUGCCCAGCAAGCACCGUGCUGAGUACGUGACUGGCGAUCGGUUUAGCCCGUCAUUCGUAGAGAAAAGGAGGCUAGAUCUUCAACGCUUCCUCCAACGGAUAUCGAACAACCCCACCCUCAGCCGCUCCACGCUUCUCCGUUCCUUCCUCUGCUCCACCGAAUGGUCGGUAUCGAUGCACCAAGCAGUCGCUCAUGCUCCCGACCCUGACGGCAAGUCCAGCUUCUUCGACAGCGUCACCGAUACUCUUGUCAACUCCUUUUCCCGGAUUCGCAAAGCUGACGAGCGCUUCGUCGAGAUGAAGGAAGGGAUUGACAGGUUUGAGGAAGGGACGGGUGCCGUGGAUAGGCUCUGGAGUCGUGCCAGGACGAGGCAGACCGACUUAGCGACAGAUUAUCAUGAUCUUGCCGUUGCAGUGCAGGGGCUGGGAUUCCUGGAAAGUGGCAUCACAGAGCAGCUGAAUCACUUUGCGAACACAUUACUCGAGUUCUCCAGUUUGAUCAAACAUAAUGUGAACCGUACACAAGACCCCUUCCUUUCGCACCUCCACAGCCUGCAAGCGUACACUGCCGCCUCCCGUGCCCUGCUCAAACUCCGCGAUCAGAAACAGCUGGAUCUGGAGGACACCUCCGAGUACCUCUCUAGCGCACAGCAAGAGCGGGAUCGAUUGGCGGCAAUUAGGGAAGGUCAUCCGGGCGCACGUCCUGGUGGGUUGGGUGCCGUGGGCGGGUAUUUGAGGGAGAGGGUGGAUGCCCUUAGGGGGUUGGAUGACGAUAGGGCCCGAGUGGAGAGGAUGAGGAAGCUUGAUGCGAAGAUUAAGGACCUUCAAGCAGAAGUCAAGAAAGUACACGACCUUUCCGAAGCGUUCAACGACGAGACCUUACGGGAACAGGCGAUCUUCCAAGCUGCAAAGCAGGACGAGAUGAAAGAAAUGCUGGGCAAGGUUGCCGACGGGAAUAUUGAGAUGUAUCAACAGGCGAUCGAGGAGUGGGACGCGAUAAUACCGAUGCUGCAGCGUAUUCGGGUCGACGUCUAG